GCAAGCUGACAGGGGAUGGAAAAGGCUGGUGGUGCUGAUGUCAGAGCCAGGAGACAGUUGUGAUUGGAUCUAAUUAGACUUUGCAGCAGCAAAUAGACAAGCUCCCUGCAUGAUUGGCUUCAAAGUGUCUGGUGCCAAACAACUAACAGAGGCGCAAAAAGUAGAAGCCGUGCAUUUACAGCCCAGCGAAAGGGAGGCAGACAGAACGCGAGCUACCCGGGGCUCCUCAGAUGCUGGAGUCUCUCUCUACCUUUGCACGGCUCUCUCGACGUCUUAGGAGCAUUUAAGCAUGCCAGCCCAGGAGAUCAGAGACACUCAGCCCAGCUGAAAACAAGUGAGAGAGAACAAUUAGAGAGGGGGCUCAAUUCUCAAAAGUGAGCCCGCUCCUUGAUCUGCAAAGCGGAAGCAGCCGCAGCAGCUGUGAGCAAGAAAAAGGUGAAAUUUACCAAGAAAGAACUCGUCUCUAUUCCAGUCUAUUGAAUCCCAGUCAUGGCAUCCGUCUUGGGAAACAACAGAGGGUCUGGAGGGCUAAGUAGUCAACUCAAAUGCAAGUCGAAAAGGAGGAGGAGAAGAAGAUCAAAGAGAAAAGGCUGGCUCCCAGGGAAAUACCAUGCCAGUGUUCCACAGAUUUCACUGGAUACCAGUCAGUUUCUUCUGGAAAAAGUAAGCCUAUUGUCAACCUUCAUCGCUCCCUUCAAGUACCUAAGCCCUGGUGCCACAAAUAUGGAAGAUGAAGACAAUUUAAGUACCAGCAGUGCAGAAGUGAAGGAAAAUCGCAACGUGGGCAACUUGGAGGAGAAGCCGCUGCCAUCCAGUGACCACUCAAGAGGAGGUGCAUCCAGCAUCAAGAGGAAAAGACCCUUAGAGGAAGGGAACAGUGGCCAUUUCUGCAAACUCCAACUGAUCUGGAAGAAACUCUCAUGGUCGGUGACACCAAAGAAUGCCCUAGUCCAACUCCAUGAACUGAAGCCAGGCUUACAGUACAAAAUGGUUUCUCAGACAGGACCAGUCCAUGCUCCUGUCUUUGCAGUAGCUGUAGAAGUUAAUGGAUUUACCUUUGAAGGCACAGGACCCACAAAAAAGAAAGCCAAGAUGAGGGCAGCAGAGUUAGCCCUGAAGUCUUUUGUCCAGUUCCCCAAUGCAUGCCAAGCACACUUUGCCAUGGGGAAUGGCAUCAGCCCAUCUACGGACUUUACCUCUGACCAAGCUGACUUCCCAGAUACUCUAUUCAAAGAGUUUGAACCAUCACCUCCAAGUGAUAACUUUUCCAGCUGCCAUCCAGUUAACACUGAAUUGCUCUCGACAGCUUAUCGACAGGGGAGAUUACUCUACCACAGGUUGGACUUGAUGGGCCAUGCAAACCCAAACAAGUCCAAGACAGCCUUCCAGGGAGAGAGAGAGAAGAACCCGGUGGUGGUGCUGAAUGAACUGCGCUCAGGACUGAGGUACAUCUGCCUUUCCGAGACAGUGGAGAAGCAGCAUGCCAAGAGCUUUGUGAUGGCAGUAAGAGUGGAUGGGAGGACAUUUGAAGGCUCAGGACGUAGUAAGAAGCUGGCCAAGGGCCAAGCAGCCCAGGCUGCUCUGCAGGCCCUCUUUAACAUUCGGCUGCCCAGCCACAUUCCCAGCAGGAGUAAAUGUAACCCUUUGCCACAGGAGUUUGCCGAUUCAGUGUACCAGCUGGUCACACAGAAGUUUCAAGAGUUAACUGAAAACCUGACUUCCAUGCAUGCCCGCCACAAAUCUCUGGCAGGAAUUGUCAUGACCAAAGGCUUGGAUGUUAGGCAUGCUCAGGUAAUUGCACUGUCAUCCGGCACCAAGUGCAUAAAUGGAGAAUACAUCAAUGACCAGGGACUCGUGGUCAAUGACUGCCAUGCAGAGAUUGUGGCAAGGAGAGCAUUUGUUUACUUCCUCUACUCUCAGCUGGAGCUGCACCUCAGCAAACAGCGAGAGGACUCCGAACGAUCCAUCUUCAUGCAGUUGAAAGAGGGAGGCUACAGACUGAAAGAGAACAUCCUAUUUCAUCUAUAUGUGAGCACCUCUCCCUGCGGAGACGCACGCCUCAACUCUCCCUAUGAAAUCACAACAGACUUGAAUAGCAGCAGGCCCAUCGUCAGAAAGUUCCGAGGACACCUACGAACGAAGAUAGAAUCAGGAGAAGGGACCAUUCCCGUCCGGUGUCACAAUGCUGUCCAAACAUGGGAUGGUGUGUUGCUAGGCGAACAGCUUGUCACGAUGUCAUGCACAGACAAGAUUGCCAGAUGGAACAUUCUGGGGUUGCAAGGAGCUCUCCUCAGUCACUUCAUUGAGCCCAUCUACUUGCACAGCAUUGUGGUGGGGAGUCUGCAUCACACUGGUCACCUUUCCAGGGUAAUGAGUCACAGAAUAGAAGAAAUCGGUCAGCUGCCAACUUCAUACCGGCAUAACCGGCCACUCCUCAGUGGAGUGAGUAAUGCCGAGCUGCGCCAGCCAGGAAAAUCUCCUCAAUUCAGUGUGAACUGGAUUGUGGGCAAUACAGACCUAGAGGUUAUUAAUGCUACCACGGGGAAGAGAAAUUGUGGAAGCUCUUCCAGGCUCUGCAAACAUGUGCUCUCCACCCGGUGGGCAAAACUCUACGGAAAGCUGAGCACACGGAUACCAAGCCAUGGAGAUGCGCCAUCAGUGUACUGUGAGGCCAAGCUGGUGGCCCAGACUUACCAGUCUGUUAAACAGCAGCUGUUUAAAGCAUUUCAGAAAGCAGGUCUGGGCACCUGGGUGAGGAAACCCCCAGAGCAAGACCAAUUUCUACUAACUGUAUAAAUCAUUAGACUCCUUUGCUCUACUCAACCAGAUUGAAACAAGUGGAGAAGGCCAGGGCAGGACAAGUGAGCUAAACAAAGGGAUUGUGCUGAUCACUUCUUUGCACUUGUUUCCCUUUUGGUCCCAGAAAGACAUACAAGCAAAGUGUAUUGUAUUUGAAUGAGGCACAAAAAUAUGGCUUUGGAAACCAUUGCUUCUCAUUGCCAAUACCCUACCAUGGUUGUCGAUGCCAAGACUCUUGUCGGGCGAGUGUAACAGUGCCACUGGAUGAUGCCAUGUUCCUUCCAUUUAUUCCCCAGAAUAGGAUGCUGGGUGUGAUUCCUACCUAGGAUUCUGGGAUGGUAGUCACAGUUUAUUAAAAAAAAAAAGAGGUACCAAACUAACCCCAGCUUAAAAUGAACUCAGGUACCACCAACAUCCCCACUCUUCCCUCAACUUUCCAAAUAAGCCAAAAGUGCAGGUGAAAUCCCCAUCAAGGUGGAAAUACACAAGACCAAAAGCAAAUUUCCCCAUUAUAGUACACAAGCCUUCUAUGGAAUCCCUUUCAUAAUAAGACAUUGAGUGAUUUGUAAAGGCAAAUCUAGUAUAGGAUUUCAUCUCUAUUUGGCCUACCCAAAUACCUGAAAUUCUAUCCUAUAGAGUCACUUCAUUGGAUGACUACAUCUUCAUGAGGUUUGCUCUAUAAUAAAAGUUCCCCUGAAAUGAAAACUGCAUUAAACACCCUCACUGUGAUUAAGUGUAUCAGGAAACUAGCAGUCACCUUAUAAAAGGCAGCAUUGGGAGCUGAGAGAAUUCAAAAAAGAAGGGCAAGUUCUUAUUUACUGAAGGAGAGUUCAGGACAGAUCUAGAGUUUGGGAUAUUGUCUUCUGGAGUAUGACUUCUUAAGGAUUGUCAAGAUGUAGCAAUUUGGAAGGGAGGCUCCGGGUCUUGUAGGGGCAUAGGUCAUUAAUAGCCUCAGGUAAUGGGCUACUGAUGAAGUUACUGGCACCUAGGGGUUACUCUAUGGCUUAAAGUCUCAGCUCUAUGACCUUGGACAAGGCAUUUCCCUUCUCUUGUUCUCAAUUGCCCAGAAGCUAAAAAAUGAGAAACUAGAUCAUAUCUAGAGUCCCUUCAGUCCAAGGGGCAGCACAAGAGCAGAAAACACUUCAAGAAAGGAAGGACAUUGAAAGGGAAGAGAGGAAGUCCUGAGAGGGUAGUUGCCCAAGAAACUGCCACUUUUCACAAUUUUCUCCUGGGUUGGCCCUGGACUCCAGUUCAUUCAAUCAACCAUCACCUAUGUGACAGCUGCUCGAAAUGCAAAGACAAAAAAACCAAAAUGGUCUCCGUUUUCAAGAUACUUAAGUUCCUUGAGCGAAGACAUGUAAAGGAAAGUGAAUAUAGAAUAUAUGCAUAGUAAAAAUAAAGUAAUAUGGAUCGGGAAUAGUGACCGGGGGUAAGAUAAGCCUCAAGAUUGGGAGAAAUGGGGAAUGGGAAAAGUAACCAUUGCUGCCACUGCAUACUACAAUAGUUGCCUCCACAUAAAAACUGCCCCAAACCCAACAAAAAAAAAAUUCACCCUAUCCCUGCAUUCCAAUGUUUUCUUAAGAUCCAGUAAUAUCCAUUCACUUAAUAAACAUUUAUAAAGCACCUAGUCUUUGCCAGACAAUAGGCAUUGGAGGGCUACAAAUAUGAGUAAAACAUGGUCUUUGCCCUCAGGGAGCUUAUAGUCAAGUAGGAAAGAUAAAUUGUCUGCAAAUAACUCUAAUACAUGAUGAGAUGUAGCAAUACAAUAAGAGAGGUGUAGCACCCAAGCAGAAUUCAGAUGAGAGAAUGAUCCCUUGUGGAUGGAAGGAACAGGGAAGGCUUCACAGAGAAGAUCGGGUUUGAGUUGUGUCUAAAGACACUAAUGUCCUAUAGACUCAGGGUCACAGGGUUAAGAUCAUUUUAUCCCAGAGUCAUAGGCAAUCGUCUACAGCGCUGAUGCUUAUGGCUCUCUAUUUAUGUCUCCAAAGUCCUAUGUGUACCACUCACUCACUAUGUGACCUUGAGAAGUGAUUUAAUUUCUCUAGGACUGUUUUCUCAUCAUCAAAAUGAGAAAGUUGGUCUAGAUGAUCUCUAUGGUCCCUUCCAGGUCUAAUAGUCCAUGAUUCUAAGUACCUUAGAGACAAAGAAACUUCAAGCCAGUAAACUAAGACAAGGUCUACACAGCACAAAAGAAUAUGGAGGACCAAUAAUUAGGUGGUGAAUUCAAGUAACACCAUGGAUAAUUCUACUCCCUCUUUAAAGAACAAAGCAGGUCACUCUGAGAAUGAGAAAGCAAAAUUAGUUCCAUAAGAUUUUGAAUAAUUCAUCUCCACAUAAUAGAAAGGAAAACUAAAUGGAGAGUUGGAAGUGGGAUGAUAAAUCCAAGGGUCCGCUUUACCCAUACACUGUCUUCAUGUACCACCCGAAUUCACCAGCUAAUGACAUACCUCUUUGUGCUAAGUGUGCCUGCCCUGCCAAUGACAACAAUGGAAAGUUACCCAUUUUCAGGGGAACAUGGAAAAUAAAGGUCUUGGUUUUUAGGGAAGAUGCAGUCCUACACAGAUCUAGAUGACCUGUUGCUGAAGUCUUCAUAGUGUAUUGACAUUUUCCAUCCCCCAUAACCUACACUGCUUUCUUGUCACCAAGGAAAACAUCCUUCACACAUUGUUCCUUGCCAGGUCCAGAAGUCACAAAGCCAAAAGGAUCAGUUGUAAACCAUUUCAAUGUAGCUGAGCACAAAUUACAAAAUGGCACCCCUCAUCUCAGCUUUGUUUGUCCACUCCCAGAAUUGUUCUUCAUGGCCAAUGUAUAUUAUCAAGUCUUUUGGUUUCAGUUUUUCCUCUUUCCCCCAUAGAAAGAAUUUAGAGAUCUCAAACUUAUGUUGCCUUGAUUGUAGUGCUUCUCUUUGGAUCUGUAUAUAAACACAUAUAUAUGUCAUGCUGCUACUGAUUUGUGAUGAGUGUCUUUUUGUUCUUCCAAAAUGUCAAGCUGAGUUACUUUUCAAACACAUAGCUCAUGGGGGUUUUUCCAUACAAUUUGCUUUUAAUAAGAAAACAGUCUUAUCAAUAAGGUCAGAUGCUUUUUAAAAAUAUAUAUUAUAUAUAUAGCAUUUACCAUGUCUGGAGAGCCAUAUGAAGUAAAGAUAUAGUAUACUAAUGCCCAGAAUAGAAUAGUUACAGUAUUUUGAUGAGCUCCUAUUUUUAGAUUACAAAUUUCAAACUGUGUCUAUAGUAUUUGUUUUCUAAAAAAAAUAAAAUUAAAGUCAUUUGAAUUUUAAUGUAAUAAAGAAAUUAGAUGUUUUUAAUUUAGGUUAAUAGAGAUUCCCCUCAAAGAAAUCUUGCCAAUGCCACAUCUGUCUGCCACAUCUGUCCAAAAAUAAAACUUUCUAGCCAAAACUAAUAAGUUAGGAAAUGUUCUUGUGGAAGGAGAGCCAUCCAAUUGCUGUGACCAUCUACUUUGGGGUUCACUUUAAUGCACCUUUGGCAAGUUCUCUACCUUGUUUCUCCAGUAGGAUCCAACUGUCCACAUCCAGGUUUACUGCUCAGGAUAAUCCAUUGGUCAGCACAUUUUUUCAGGUAAUCCCUAAGACAGGGGCAUGAUGCUCUAGUGGAAAAACUAUAUUAGGAGCAGGAAGAGACCCUUAGAGGGCUUUAGGAAAUUGUUAGCUUUCUACUACUGACACCACAUGUAUCCCUUCUCUUUUUCUCUCUUUAUCCUUUUGGUCCACAAUACAACUUAAUGGAGAGAAUGCUGGAUUUGGAGUCUGAAGACAAGAGUUUUCAGUCCCAGCACUCCUAAUUUACUAGAUGUGUGAUCUGAAUCUUUCUGAUGCUUAGUUUACUCAUCUGUAAAAUAGGACAAUAAAAGUGUACUACCUACCUCACAGGGUUGUUGUGAGGAUCAAACAAGAUCAUUUAAACUAUAAAGCACCAUAUCAAUGUGCCCUUCUAUUUCUUUAUUAUCCUACUCAUUACUUAUUUCCCCCUUCACAACUCUUUUGUUCCUAUAACCCCUGACAGGUGCCCUGACAAGUAUUGAUUAGUUCAGGACUAAAGAGAAUUCUGACCCUGGACCUGUGUACCAAGCCAGCCUGAAAAGUUGGGGUCAACUGGUUCCAUUCCAACCCAACGGAAAUCUCUUAUUUGAAAUGGGCAACUUUGUAAGGAAAUACAGACCACAGGCAUGAGACUGGUUGUCAAAUAUAAUAUCUUAAGGCAUCUCCUUAUCUUAAAGUGUAGGGUACCAAACAAAAGAUCCUUUGUCUAAUAAAAAGUCUUGAUGAUAAUCCCAAUUCCCUCAUCUCAUCUCACACAGGCACUAGGUCUCUAAUGUUACGUAGUAUAAGCAGCCACCCCAAACCCAGGAAACCACACGCUAGCAACUAACUGUAAACAUUCAAUGUUUUCUGAAGCAAAAGGACCUUACCCAACAGUAAUUCUUAAAUGAAGGUAUGUACAUAAAAGCAUGACUGAAUGGCAAUACUGUACCAAUGGGUGUACAUUUGUAAUAUUUGUAAAAAACAACAAAACCACAAAGAAAUCUGAAUUUACACAUGUGAAUUUGCCGCUGAGUUCUGUAAAUUGCACUUCUAGUGAUACCUGAUAAGUGAAUGUUUCUGUUAAGUGAAUAAAAAUCCCAAGUAAAAUUGUU